UCUCACACCAGCUAAGGUCAAAUUUGGCCAGUCAAAACAAAACCAAAGGCUACGGGUUCCCGCUGCUAUUGGUAGCAUUUGUAGCACCACCCUCUUAAUUAUGCUUCAUAUACUCUUUGUCGGCCAGCAGUUCGACCACAUCAAAAGAAAUAUUCGAAAGAUAACAUAUGGAUAGCGAUAUUGUCGACAGACAGAAACAAGCGUGCCCAUGUCUGGGGUCAUGGUUGAACUCCAUCUUUGGAUAGUAGCUUUCGCAGCUGUCUUCUUUUUCAGCUUCUAUUAUAAAGUGAUUGUCACUAGCACCGCCAUCACUCGCUUGUACUAUGUUACAUUAAUUAAGGGCUCUGGCCCAACUUUAUAUUAUCCGACCAAAAUACCCAAAUUACUUUUCUUUUUCCUACUUGUCCUAGGGUGUCUCAUUCUGUCACCUCUCCAUAUAUUUGUCUUUAUUCCUGGCAUGCUCAAUCUAGCAAAACAAUCAACCGAAAGAGCAUCAUUCCAGCCCAUCGAGGUCUUACACGAUCCUGGUAGGGCAACACAAGUCGAUGUUUUCGCUAUACAUGGUCUUGGUUCGAACCCGAAGUCUGCUUGGAGGGGUUAUUCGCCAAAUGGAACAGAGCUAUACUGGCUCAGGGACCUAUUGCCAAAUGUUGAUGGUAUGGGAGAAGCCAGGGUUACCAUGAUUAAUCACCAGACUAGCUACCUGGAAGAUGCCGCAGUGAUGGAAUUCGAAGAUCAUGCGAAACGGCUCCUGGAUGACAUCGAGAGAGUAAGGCAAACUCAUGAAUUACGCUGCAGGCCGAUUAUCUUCAUCGCACAUAGCUUUGGUGGUUUGCUGCUAAAACAGGUGACAUUUUACUAUCAAGUCUUGCGCAUUCUGCGAGAUACUAAUCGCCUUAAUAGGCUUUAGUAUAUGCGAAGGAGCGUAAAAGCGAAAUUGCAGUACAAACGAAAGGCAUCCUGUUCUUAGGUGUUCCUCACUUAGGUACUAAAGCUUCGAUGUUGGGGUCUCUUAUUACAUGCACGUCUUAUUGGCGGGGUGCAUCAACAAAGCUUUUGGAAUACGUGUCGUUUAAUGGGACUCCGGUGACACAACUUCAAUCACAAUUCGAAGCCGCAUAUGCGAGUG